AUGAAGCCGACAAAACCUGGAUUGGAGGAGCCGCAGGAAAUGAUUCACAAGAUCCGUAUCACUCUCUCCUCCAAAAAUGUUAAGAAUCUCGAGAAAGUGUGUGCUGAUUUGGUACGUGGUGCCAAGGACAAGAGGCUUAGGGUCAAGGGACCAGUGAGAAUGCCUACCAAGGUUCUUAACAUUACAACUCGGAAGUCUCCUUGUGGUGAAGGUACCAACACAUGGGAUAGAUUUGAACUCCGAGUUCACAAGCGAGUGAUUGACCUGUUCAGCUCCCCUGAUGUGGUUAAGCAGAUUACUUCUAUUACUAUUGAACCCGGUGUCGAGGUUGAGGUCACCAUUGCCGAUUCUUAA